GCGUCUAUUGUCCAGCAUUGAUCGAUGACUUCGGAAUCUGUAUUAGGUACACAAAAGCCGGGACCACUGCUUAUAUGCCCUGUCCUGAUCUUGAAAUUUAUAACCCACACGGUUUAGCCUUCAGACACUGCGAAGAUAACGGCACAUGGCGGCUGGCUUUCCAUGGCAAGGCUUGGACAAACAUUUCAGCGUGCUUACAGAACACCAGCUUUCAUGAUGACAUCAUGUUCAAUCCAUCACUCAGCUACAUUUAUUUGUUCAUCGCUGGAUCCUCGCUUUCCUUACUGUUGGUCACAAUUGCUCUGAUCAUCUUUCAUGGAUUCAGACAACUCCGGUGCGAUCGCAUUACAGUUCACAAGAACCUGUUGGUCAGUUAUGUUUUCACCUCUCUCACAUGGAUCAUGUACUACCGUCUUGUCGUAUUUGAUGGGCUUGUCAUCAUGUAUAAUCCGCGUUGGUGUCAGAUACUUCACGUGAUAGCCCAGUACUUU